UGGGGCGCGCCUCCCGGAUCGGCUCGGGUCUAUGGAGGAAAAAUUCUACGCCAGCCCUGCGAUUUCCAUGGCCGCAGCCGCCUGCGGCACCAAGGCCAUGUCCCUAUUCAAACGGACCUUGGUGCUGAGCCCCGCCGCGGCGCCCCGGGGUACGGGCACGGGCUCCCCGCCACGCGGCUGCCCCUUGCCUCCCGCCGCCUGGCCCUCCAAGGACUGGCCGCGCGCAGAGGGCGUCUGCGGCAGGCUGCGGAGCCCGCCGGUGGCCGGCCGCCUGCCCCAUUCCCACUCCUGCUCCGCCGCGUCUCCCACCGCCGUGUGUCUUCUCUGCCCGCAGGAUUCGCUCAGCAGCAGCUUGAAAACUUGCUACAAGUAUCUCAAUCAGACUAGUCGCAGUUUCGCAGCUGUCAUCGAGGCGCUGGAUGGGGAAAUGCGCCAUGCGGUAUGCAUAUUUUAUCUGGUCCUCCGGGCUCUGGACACUCUGGAAGAUGACAUGACCAUCAGUGUAGAAAAAAAGGUCCCACUGUUGCACAACUUCCACUCUUACCUUUAUGAACCAGACUGGCGGUAUAUGGAGAGCAAGGAGAAGGAUCGACAAGUGCUAGAGGACUUCCCAACGAUCUCCCUCGAGUUUAGAAAUCUGGCUGAGAAAUAUCAAACGGUGAUUGUUGACAUUUGCCGGAAAAUGGGAUUUGGGAUGGCGGAGUUUUUGGAUAAACACGUGACAUCCGAACAGGAGUGGGACAAGUACUGUCACUAUGUCGCCGGGCUGGUGGGAAUUGGCCUUUCCCGUCUGUUCUCAGCCUCAGAGUUAGAGGACCCCCUAGUUGGUGAAGAUGUAGAACGUGCCAAUUCUAUGGGCCUGUUUCUGCAGAAAACAAACAUCAUUCGUGAUUAUCUGGAAGACCAACGAGAAGGAAGAGAGUUUUGGCCUCAAGAGGUUUGGAGCAAGUAUGUUAAGAAGUUGGGUGAUUUUGCUAAGCCACAGAAUAUUGACUCGGCUGUGCAGUGCCUGAACGAACUUAUAACCAACGCACUACACCACAUCCCAGAUGUCAUCACUUACCUUUCAAGACUUAGAAACCAAAGUGUGUUUAACUUCUGUGCUAUUCCACAGGUAAUGGCCAUUGCAACUUUGGCUGCCUGUUAUAAUAACCAGCAGGUGUUCAAAGGCGUAGUGAAGAUCCGAAAAGGACAAGCAGUAACUCUAAUGAUGGAUGCCACCAAUAUGCCAGCUGUCAAAGCUAUAAUAUACCAGUAUAUGGAAGAGAUUUAUCAUAGAAUUCCCAGCUCAGACCCAUCUUCUAGUAAAACAAGACAGAUCAUCUCCACCAUCAGGACACAGAAUCUUCCCAAUUGUCAGCUGAUCUCCCGAAGUCACUACUCCCCUAUUUACCUGUCAUUUGUCAUGCUCUUGGCUGCCCUGAGCUGGCAGUAUCUGAGCACCCUGUCCCAGGUCACAGAAGACUAUGUUCAGACUGGAGAGCACUGAUUGGGUAAGAGUGGGAGCUAACGCUCGCCGUGGAAUAGACUGACCUUUCCUUCAAGGAAGGAUGUUGGUUUCCCCCUCCCCCUCCAUUUCCCUCCUGCUCUAAUUCCUAAGAGAACUCUGUGGACUUGGACCUUUAGAAACUGUGACAUGCAGUUGAGAGGAUGACGAUAAAAGGGAAGGAUAGCUCACCCUCAGCUGGCAGGUACUUGUGGGCAUGCUCACAUCUGCGCAAGGUGGCCAACAGUCGGGUGCUCCUCGCUGCAGGGCAGAGGAAAUGGUUGCGUAUGGGGUUGCUGAGAGAUCUUAUUUCGUGUGAGUCCUGGCUAGAAUUCUAAUGAAAUGUAUUUAAUUUGAAGCAACCUCGGAAUACAUGUCCUAGCAGGAAGUGAAUUUUUCUCGGUUUGGUUCUGAUUUUUCUCAUUCUGUUUUCUCUUCAGUUGAUUUCAGUGUGGCAGAUGUCAGUGUUUGUAGCUCUAGGUGGUGGUCCCACGUUUCCUAAGAAGGCAACUGUCUUCUGCACGUGAAGGCUAAGGAUUCACUUCUGGGUGUUCUGGAAUGGUUUCCUCAUUUAAAAGGAGAUUAGCUUUCCCAGAGAAACUGCAGGAUUGCCUUUGGCCCCAUUGUAGAAGACUGGCCUCCAGUCAAGGCUGACUUUUUGAGAAGACACUAUACGUAAAGAUACGUUUGUAAAAAAGAAUGCAAUUACUCUGCAUUUGUCAAGGGCAGUUCACUUGAAAGCCUGGAGGCACAUGGCAAAUAACUCAAGAGCGGAGUUAGUGAUCGAGGGCCAGGGGGCCUGGCCCGCCGCUGCCCGCAGAGCGGACCAGAGCGGUACCAAGAGCGAGGAUCCAGCUGCCUGGCCCCAGCUCCACUGCGCCCGCCGGAGAUGAGCAAGUGACAGCAUUGCCUCACUGCCCAGCCCGUAACCUGCAUUAACUCUGCCAGCCUACUCUAAAGUGGGCCGAUUCUCUUAGCCGCAGCAGAUUUUAUUACAUCCAGGGGGCUUGUGGUCGUGGUGGUUGUUGUUAUUGUUUUGUCCUUUGUUUCUGUUUUUAAAAAAAAUCACGUUUAUACACUGAAGUUUCAACAAAGACAAAAAUGUUUUCAGGUGAUGGGCUGGGAAGCCGAAUGUACUUAGCCUAAUUCUUCUAGCA